AUGGAAACACCGCCAGAGGCUAUACGGCUUUCCUGCAAGCAACGUGACCCUUGUCUGCCGUCUCGAAAGCUCAAUCAAGAGAUACCAAAGACUAGCAGUAAACUUCCAACAAAACGUUUUCUAUGCAAUGGCAAAGGUAUAAUUAUAUUUGACCGCCAAUCUCGUCAAGUUUCCGUACAAUUGUCCCAUCAAAGCCGUCACCCUCCCUACCUAAGCACCGGCAUCCCAGCCAAAUGGAUAAAAUUUAUUAUUGAAAGACAAGACUGGCACUUUAGCGAUCUGCUUUGGAAGGCGAUUGUAGAGGAGAAUGAACGAAAUGGCAAUGGCCCGCUCCUGUUCACUGAAAAAAUGGUGACCAAUUUCUUUGGAAGAUUUCUUGUGAACAGAAAAGGAAAGGGUGAUGUGUACGACGAAAUAGACAUAGAUACUUGGGUCUACGAAGGAGACUAUAUCCCAUCGCCGGUUAAUGAUGGAAAUGCCGGUGAAGAUGAGGGCCCUGAAGAUGAAGGCCCCAUUGUAGGCGCACUCUUGGGGAAGAAAGUGAAG